GUUGGAGGGCCGGGCCUGAAUGUGGCCCCGCCCCCCGGCGCGCGCACGUCGUCGCGCGGGGCGGGUGUGACGCAGUUGCCCAUGGUAACCCCGGGCCGCGCCGAGGAUGGGUUUACUGUCAAUCCUGCGCAAACUAAAAAGCACUCCGGACCAGGAGGUGAGAAUCCUCCUCUUGGGACUGGAUAAUGCAGGCAAGACUACACUCCUGAAACAGCUGGCAUCAGAGGACAUCAGCCACAUCACACCAACACAGGGCUUCAACAUCAAAAGUGUACAGUCUCAAGGCUUCAAGCUGAAUGUAUGGGACAUAGGCGGACAGAGGAAGAUCAGGCCAUACUGGAGGAACUAUUUUGAAAACACUGAUAUCCUUAUCUAUGUCAUUGACAGUGCAGAUAGGAAGAGGUUUGAAGAAACGGGUCAGGAGUUGGCUGAGCUUUUGGAUGAAGAAAAGCUUAGUGGAGUCCCCGUGCUCAUAUUCGCUAACAAGCAGGAUUUGCUGACGGCUGCCCCUGCUUCGGAGAUUGCCGAGGGACUGAAUCUACACACAAUCCGGGACAGAGUCUGGCAGAUCCAGUCUUGUUCAGCUCUUUCAGGAGAAGGAGUACAGGACGGCAUGAAUUGGGUGUGCAAAAAUGUCAGUGCUAAGAAGAAGUAAAGCGAUCUGAGCUGCAUGGAAAUGGAGGAGCGGUGGGAGCAGAAUUCUAGCCUGAAAACACUAAUUUGCUGCUUUCUGACCAAAUGUUUUUCCAUCUGUGCACAGCUACAGCUGUUAAAAGAAAAAAAAAAGAGAGAGAGAAAAAAAGGGAACAACAUCGGUUUAAGCCUACUGCUGGAUUUGGAACUUGACCUGCUCUUUAGUAUCAUUUUUUUAUCCCAAUAAAGGAAUUACAUAUUUCCUCCCUAUGCAUAAAUAGUAUUAAAUGUCUGAUUAGCAAGCAAGUUUGUAAGCAGAAGCAAGACUGUGAUUCAGUGUGGAGCAGAGGGAGUGGUGAAUUACUGUAGUUGCUUAGAUGCAUAGGACCUGCCCUAUACGCGUGGCUGCUGAGGACACGCUCGGGUGUCAGUCACAGCUUCCCCUCAGUGACAGAUAAAAUGCGGUUGUGUUACCAAUUGUGGGUAGUUUCUUAAAAUAAAGCUGCUAAGGAGUCAUUUGUGUAACGAGGGUAGAAGACUUCCACACAUUCCUAUAGCCAUAAAAGAGGAGUUUGAUCAUAACGAGGCACUGUUGCAUUGCGACACCGCUGUAGAAGGGAGAGAAGGGUUAUAUGUGUAUAAUUGAAGCUCUUUACAGUUGGAAUAAUGCAGGAUGAGCAUGCCUAGGGCUUUUCUCACAGCUGAAGGAGAAUUUAGCCCAGCGUUUCACCUUGAGCCAGCGAAAACGUGGUUCCUCCGUUCAAUAAGUUCCAUAUGUGAGAUUAGUCUUGAUGUUGAACAAUCCCUGUUGAUUUUCCCUUGAUGUUAAGGCAACUCUGCAGGAGAAUGCAAUUAAGUCCAUGAUUACUUUCUAGAAUGAGAUAUCAGGUCCCAGGUUUCCUUUUUGAAAUGUGCAAAAUGUAUUCUCCUACCCCACCACCUCAGCAAGCCUCGCCUAGCCCUGCCAGGGAUUGGGGGACUGCCCCACAGCGGGCUGGCUGCCCAGUGCCUGAGGUCCUCCCAGCCCCAUCCUGGCUGUGGAUUGCCCUGGUGGAGGGUGAGGAUGCUGAUGAACGGCAGAUGAGAAGCACUCUUUAAAACAAGAUUUCAUUCUUCCCUGAACUGACUUUCCCAUAAAAGGAUGCAGUUGCUGAAAUAGGAAAGAGAAUGUGUUUUCCGCGUCCUCGCCCCCAGUUCAAAUCUAGCCCCAGCUGACAGUGGGCAGGAACGAUUACCACGCCAAAGCAGCCAUGUCCUGCAUGAAGCAAGCUUGGUGACUCCUGGGCCAGUUUCUAAUGCACAGAUGGUAAAAUAAUCCCACUGCCCUGCUUGCCAGCUUUGUUUGCUGCCUGCCUGCAAAAGGGCAGAGAAUGACUAGGGACUGCAUUACCCCUUCCACCUCCUGGAGAUGGACUGUCGGGCAGGAUGGGGAAAGCUGCAUGUACUAAAGCAUGUGGCUUUACCACGCGUCAGCGAGUUGACUCAUGGACCCAGGCAGACGGCUGACACCCCUGGAGCUCCCAGCUCUUUUUUCCUCCCUUCCCCUGGAUGUCUCCACCUCACAGCACAAACAUCUGCAGUGUACGUGAAGCAGCCCCUGGCCGCCUACGUGUUACAGCUUGGCAGAUUAAAAUCAUCUGGGGCUCAUUCCAGGUCCCCCCAUAGAUCAGGAUGUACAGUAGCGGUUCAGGGUUGAUCCGCGUGUAGUUCAGCUGUCUGCUGUGGCUGGGGGCAGAGGGACAGCUGGGACAGCAACUGCUUUACCAAUCCAACUUUAAUCUGCCUGCGUCCGUGAGUCAGCACCCUCCGUGUGCAUCUGUCUCCAGCACAGAGGCAGGACAUGCCUGCUGGAGUAGCACAGCCUUGCUUUAAAAACCAGACGACUGGGGAAGGGGCGGGGAAGAGCGGGCUCGUGUGAGCUGUUAAGCAAUAGCUAAUGACACCAAGUGACACAGCUCCGGCUUUGCAUGGAUUGAGUAAGGAGUCAUAAGAUGAGAUGUUCGUUUAAACACAGCUUGCUCGGUGACUCCCCAGCUGCAAUGGCUUAUCAAGAAUGCUGCAGAUUUGGGCAUGGCUUGUUCCUGGGUCAGCCCAAGGAGGAGAAAUUAAUCCUGGCAUCACCUUUUCCUUGCAAUUAAUGUAUUUGCCUGAUGCAAGUGCUGUAAAGAAUUGCAGCCCUCUCCUGUAGGCACACCUGGUGCUGGCUGAGUGGCAGAGCUUUGUGAGGGAUACUCCUGAGCUUUUGAGCUUUGGAUUUGUCCGCAUUGCAUGCCAGAUGCAGAGGGAAAUGCUUGGGUACCUGUCCCCUGGUCCAGGCAGGACAGAGCAAGGUCCCCCAGGGGGCUCAGGCAUUGAUCCUUCUCCCUUGCAAGGGACUUGAGUUGGUGCUUUCCUGCUCCCUACUUUUUUAGCAGUGGCAAAUUUACUCUGUGACACCCCACCUGUGCCACAGUUGGCUUCCUGGAGCUGAAAAGCAUCCAGGAGGGUAAUUUGUUUUUUAAGUCUCACAUUGGUUAAACUUGAAAAUGUGUGUAAAAUAGAUAUGUAGUAAUUUUCCUAUCACUUUAGUUGGGAAGGGAAAAUUGCCUUAUUGAACUCAGGAUCCAGAAACAUUUGCUGGCUCAUUCAUUAUGUUUGCAUGUAGCUACACGUAUUGGUUGCGUGCAUCUGUACUGCCAAGAGUGUCACCUGUAAUCCAGCAGUUAAUUUGGUUUUCCUGAGCAAGGUAGUGAGAGGAAGACCAUGAUAGAGUGAUGUGUUCUGGGAGGAAGGAGGUGGACGGUUAAAAUGACCGUAUCUUAAGUAUAUCACCCUGCAGUGAUGGCUGUAAAUGCUCAUUGUAUUGUAAACAUCUCUCUGUGCAACCUGGUGAAAAUGUAAAAGGAUUUGAGGUUCUGUUCACUUGCUGCUCCUUAUCUGAAUGUAUUUACAUUUGCUAUACCCUCUGCAGGGCUCACUGCCCUGGGUGGCACCUGGCUAAACACCACCUGCACAACUGCCUGGGGCCAGCCAGAAACGCCUGCCCCUGAUCAGUGCAGCCCCUGCCCCUCUCCCAGCCCUUCAGCCGUGCUCUGGUUUACAGCAAUGGCACACACAAGGCUCUGUCCUUCCAACGCUGUUGGCUUUGCCCUCCUUAAGGUGAGGCUGGGGGAAGCAAACCUCUCAUUGGUAUGGGUGGAGCUCUGCCACACUUUGCAUCGAUUCAUAGAUUUUUAAAGCCAGAAGGGAUCAUUAUGUUCCUCUCUCCUGACCUCCCGCAUAACACAGCCCAUUAAACGCCAUCCCUCCAGUGGUGACUCACAGUUGAAUUAGAGCCCCUCUGGUAGGAAGAUACCUGGCCUUGAUUUAAAGGCAUGGAGUGACAGACAGACCCACCCCAGGCCUCUAGAAGUUUGUCACAGGGGUUAAUUCCUCUCCCAUGGGGAGUUUGUUGUGCUUCACUUUCACAUAGUUAAAUCUGGUUCUACCUUUGUGAUAGAUGGAAAGAUGGCUCUCCUGCUCCUACCCCAUUGUGUUCCCUGGAGGGGAGAGGUAGUGGAAAAGUGAGAUUCUCCAAGGGCACAUCAGAAAACAUGAGUCCAAGCCCCUGCUCUGACCGUGAGCACUGGGUGUGGGCAUUCGUAUCCUCCCCUGGCUGUGGCUGUGUCCCCCACUGCAGCUCUGAUGGAGGAUGUCUCUCCCUGCCAUCGGAGAAUGCUUCCCAAAGCCUCUUGCAACCUUCUCCCAUUUUUCCUACUACCAAUAAUGUUUCUUGUACGUUAAUGUUAAUGACUUCUCCCUCUAUCAAAACUAUAACUGGUCACCAGACUCUUUUUUAUGAAGUGUACUGGGAUGAGACCAACCCACUCCAACUCGCCUCCCGCCCCACAGGUCUCACCCUUCUCCAAAAAAGGUGGCGGCUGUUGCAUUCCUUGGGCCGUCUGAGUCCACACAAGCUCUUUCUUUUAUGUUCCC